UAGCCUUGAGGUCCGGGGAACUCUCAUCAAAAGGGGCUACAAUAUCCCAUUCUGAAAGUUUCACAAUAUCUGAUAAGAAAGCUGUAACUGAGCUAUACAUAAUAUACUACAAGAUCAUACAGGUCUGAAUGCAAUAAUGCUGUUUGAAGAGGAAUUUGAAGGGGAGAUUAUCGAGAUCGUUGAGAGAUUUACGAAAACAGCAAUGAUAGAUAUUCUGGAGGUAUUUAACAGACGCUCCUCAGCUUUGCGUGAAGAGAACGAGGCGCUCAGGACAUCACUGGUGCUGAUGGAACGCGAAAUUCGCACAGUACGAAACGCAUGCAAUAGAGGCACACUAGAUUUGUCUGUCGAACUUCAGGUUCACGGAGAGUCAGAUACAGCGGGGACAUUGAGUUGUCUGAAGAGAGAAAGAGAUCCCUCACCCUCACCGUCUCCCCCCUUCAGCAACACCUCAGCCAGUGACCUAGGCCUACCAACAUUGGAUGGGCAAAGUAUCCCACUAACUGUGACAAGCCAGGGUGACUGUCCAGAAUCCUUCCCUUCUACAGAUGAUAUCUCAGAGAAGGUGGAGAAUGGUUAUACAGAUAGGCUCUCAUCCCAUCCCGAGGCUUACUCUACGGAGAUUGAGUCCAUGGAAGAGUUUGGACAUGUCAUGCAUCAAAAGCGGAGACCACAGAACCACAGGAACCACAGACCCGUGGCCCACAGAUAUCCAACAUCUGCUAAAUCACCACUGGACAUGAUGUCUGAUGCACCUGUUCAACCCUCAGAAUAUCCGUGUUCAUCCUCUGAUGAACCCCAUGUCGAUUCAUUCACCUACACACAAUGCAACAAGGUUGUCAGCAUCACAGACAAGUUUAAGCAGCACCCAUAUACACAUCAGAAGAACUCUGCAUCCCUGCCUGGGCGACCAUUCAGGUGCACGUUAUGUGGGAAGGCAUUCACUGCUAAGAGUAGUCUGACUGCACAUCACAUCACACAUACUGGGGAGAAGCCUCAUAGAUGUGGCACCUGUGGAAAAGGAUUUGGCCUCAUCUGCAAUCUCAGAACACACGAGAGGAUUCACACUGGAGAGAGGCCUUAUGCCUGCACACGCUGUGGAAGGAGUUUCACUCAGAAACACGUCCUCAAGAGGCAUGUCUGUAUGUCACAUAAAACCAAGGCCUCGUUGUCCACUAUGCAGAAGAGCAGUUGUGCCACUCAUAUUUCGAGUCCGACCAUCUGAUGCACAGGGGUAGACAAAAUUAAGUUAGAAAAGACAGUUCUGCAAUAUUUUUCCCUCCACAUAGUCAAAUUAAUUGUAUGAGUGAAAUGUCUAGUGUUGUUUUCUGUUCUAAGUUACAGAUUCAGAAGAAACUAAAUUGACAAUAUCAGGGGAGGUUCAGUAGUAAUCGAUUUUGGGGGAUAUGAGGUUGCAUGGCAUCUAUUUUUGAAACUAGAAACCCAGAUGGUUUAAUCCUCCUGCACAUUAGGACUCCAGGCCCUCCCAUCUCUCAAAUAAUUGUGGCAUCAUACAUUUCUUGGCAGUGUUUUUGCAUGAAAUAGCCUAAAUAUUGCAAAAGCAGGCACAUUUCUGAAGAAAGCUCUUAAUUUGUGACCAUUUUAGACCAUUAACAAACCCAAGUCAGAUACUAAAAGAACAGUUUUCUAAUGGUUAAUAUUGCCUAGAAAUAAUAUUGUUUUUAGACUUUAUAGAGCCAUUCAUACCAAGAUCAGUACUAUAAUCAUAACGAUAAAAGCGUCCACACUGACUGAUAAGCAAAGUCUCUCCUUGCGUUAAUAAAUGUGAUGGUUAAAAUGUGAUGAGUUCUGUUUGGCUGUUGGCUUGUUAGCAUUUUCAAAAACGCUCUGAAAGUGAUCCACAGCGAUAUCGUUCUUUCUGUCGUUAUCAUUAUAGCUUAUGUGAACGUUGUAAUUUAGAUUACCUUGAGCGAUAUUUGUUUAUAAUGUCGUUCUUGGUGUGAACGGCCCUUAAGUCUUAAAUUAUAUGAAAAUAAACAAGGACAUUUUCAGUGAUUCCAAAGUUUUAAACAGCACAUAGGUCUAAACAUUAUCAUUCCCAUGCACUUUCCCAUUUCCAUGUGGCAACAAAAGGUUGGUUUCUGUCCGCACUGCUUAAAGUACACAACAUUGCAUAAUAUGUCUGUCCUGUCUUCUUUGUCCCUUGAUUCUUGUUUCUUUGUGUUUUUGGUUCAUUGCACAUGUUCCAUCCUGUGUAUUGUCUCUAUAAAUAUAUGAUAAAGAAAA